AUGCUUUGCCUCCUGCCGCGCUAUACGUGGUUCCCAAACGGCCAGGCGCACUAUGAUGGUCCCCCAUUAGGGCUAUCAUGGCAUGAUUCGGGCGACCAUCUCCCUGAGGACAAGGAACGCUUGCUAAGGGACUUUGACUCAGCUUCGUUCUCGUCCGAUCCCUUCAAUAUGCCCUUCACGGCCACAACUGAUGGGAACUACCUGAGCACCCAGAAUAGUACAUAUGCCAAUCAGGAAGAGGGCCGUGAUCAACGAGUCGGAGGGCUCGCUUCCAUCAUGUCUGUCAACAACGGCGUUCGGUACCACGCACCGCAACCUGCAUUGCAGGAUGUGCACUACACCAAUCCGUCUGCCCUUGCCAUGGCCUCUUCUGAUUCCUGCUCCGGUAUGUUUCCAGACUCCUUUAGCCUCCUGUCUUCUUUACGGUUGGAACAGAACGCCUCUAACAAUGGUGAGAAGAACCAUUCGCGCUCAACCCGGCUUCUCUAUAUCCCCAUGUACCUCACCAACAGUACUCGUUUGACCGUCUGA